UAUGGUUUUUCUGUAUUUGUAGGUUAUAGUAUAUUUUAGGUCAUUUUUUUUUUAUUUUUUAUCAGAAAAACAUGAUUUUGUGAUUAAUUAUUAUGUAAAUAUGUCUGAAAAAGAGCUUCAAGAGGAAGAAAGAGAAGCGUUAUCUUCUAUAUAUGAUGGUGAUGAUUUAUUUAAAGAAAUUGAUGAAAGUACAUAUCAAUAUAAAUAUGGAGAAAACAAUACUAAUAAAUCAUUUGUAUUAGAAAUAAAAUGGGGCGAGCUCUAUCCAAAUGAAUUACCUGUAAUUAAUAUGGACACAUUCUACAAUAAACAUAUAGUAACCCAUGUAAAGCAGAAAGUUGUAGAAACAUUAAGUAAUGAAGCUGAACAGUAUUUAGGCAUGUCAAUGACCUAUUCUUUAUUUGAAUUUUUGAGAGAAAAAUUUGAAGAAUUAAUUAAUGAACAACCAGAUGAACCCGAAAAAAUGGGUAUUGAGAAAUUGUGUAUUUCUGAAACAGAACAACAGCAGGGAACAUUCAAGAAAGAAAGGAAAGAACAACUAACAAAAGCACAGAAGAGAAGACAAUGGAAUAGAAUGGAUGCAAAAGGUGAAAAGCCCAGGGGAUGGAAUUGGGUUGAUAUUGUAAAGCAUUUGUCUCAAACUGGUUCCAAAGAUGAACAACCUAUUUCAUAAAAAUGUUAUUCUUGUGUCUGUUAACAAUAAAAUAUAUCCAAUACCUAUGAUUAUCUUCCUUUAACAUACAUUUUGAUUAUCAACUGUAACGGGAAAAUCGAAAAACAUUAUUUUUUUAAUAGAUAUGUCCCUUAAUCAAAAAAAUAUUAGGAAUAGAAAAAGCCCACUUAAUGUAAGUAAUUUUUAAUAGUGUAAUACUUUUUACACAAUGUACAUAUUUGUACUGUAUAUAUUGUGGGAUUGUGGCGAAAUUAAACAGCAAAGUGUACUACUUUUAAUAUAUUUCCAAGCUUUUGAAUACCUAUGUAUUCAUUAUCGGUGACUGAAAUUAUGGUCAAAGUACAAUUUAAAAAUAUCAAAUAUUAAAGUAUAAAAAUAAUAAAAACUACUUACGGUGUU